CUCUCGGAGGGCGGCAGCUCCCUUUCUCGCAAGACCGUUCGCUUUGCCGGCGAGGAUGGCAAUCUCAAUCACCAUGUCCUCCAGCAACAACAGCCACCGCAGCAACAGCAAUCACCUAACAGCCUGAGCAAUGACCCUCCCUCCUUGGGCGCCUCCGGCUCGGAGGACUCUACCUGUACUCUCAUCCCCUCACCCACUCGCGUGCACAAAUCGGCAGCCGAUAUUGACCACUCAUACGUCGACGGUUCCCGUGGACCCACAAUGCGACCUGCUAUUCGCCGAGGUGGAUCAGGUUUUCCCGAUCCUUAUGAAGCUGAGACGCCACAACCUGUGCCUCGGUUGCUAAGGCCAAUAACAACACUAAACAGUGAGGCAAAACCGCCUCGACCACCUAAACUGACCAAGGACAUGCACCAGCAACGUGCACGUCGAAGGACCACCGAUGUGGCUGAGUUGAGAUCCGUCAGCGGGGCGGGGUACCUCCGGCUGCAUGAUCAGCGGAGGCAUCAGCGGGGGAACACUCUCGAAAGUCCCCUUUACUCAACAUCUUCGCGUGCCACAGCGCAGACGAGGGAGUGGGAUGAGGUGGAUUCCCGAGUUACCUUGCAGGACGACUCCUACGCCAAUGUUGACAGCUUCCACCUGGCCUACCAACCAAAUGGUUGGUUUCGACAUGAGAAUGAUGCGCCUGCGCCGGUAUCCGCAGCAAAAGCUGAAUCAGAACAUGCUUCCUUUCGGGCCGACAGUUCACUCAGCUCAAAUCGCCCACGACUCUUCCGACCUCCGCGAGUAGAGCGAAUUGACUCUUCGAAGUUGGAUGACAUCGCUCGCCAGCUGACUUCUCCUACACUGAUGAUGGAUACGCCAUCCUUCUCACACCUCGGUACUGAAAGGGUAACCAGUCCAGCCUUUCUGGAACCCACCAAUGGGACCUCUUCGACGCCAACGGUAUCUGUCGUGGACGAAAACCACCGCUAUCCUCUGGAUCCUAUAUCCGACAAUCUGAAGUCGCAGCACAAUGGAUUUCUCGAG